AUGAAUACUCCUAUUGUUGAGGCACAGUCUCUCUCUAACCUCACCAACCUCUUUGCAAAUCCACCGCAGUACCCUCGAAACCCAACCCAUCAAGUACACGAGCCUUUGGUCUUGUAUAUCGUGAGAGUCCCAGGAAGUAGAGGUCCGCGACGUCUUGAAGAAUUGGUGGUUUCCCUGCUAAUUACCGCAGAUGUCUUCCUAUCACCCAUUAAGCCUCCCACAAAGGUGUCGGUCAGUCUUGAUGCUAUCCAGUCAAGUCUUUACUAUUUCCACGUGAACACGGAGCAAGAUGAGGAAAUUAGAAGGUCAAUUGACCAGCAAGGUAUAUUGGAAGAACCCAUACGACGUUCUGCCCCGAUUGUGAGGAAGCCAGUGCCGUCGUCUCCUCUAGCGAACGAUACCCUACCCUCAAUACCUCUGCGAGAAGGCCAGUAUACAGCCUACAACCCGAGAUUACAGGCAAGCAACGCACCCCAGGGCUAUAGCGAUGAGUACAGGACGAGUCUUCGGGUAGACACAAACACCAAUCAAAACAAGCCAAUUUCCUUCACUACCUCUGUUCACGGCAACAAAUCAGUCGGUGAUUAUGCUUUGUCGCCUACGACACCCGGUUCGAAGACCGAAUGGCCUCCUUGCGGCAUCGAAUCAGGCGACAUUCCAGAAAGCGCUUACGUUAAUUCGUCUGCGUAUGAGUAUGAUCAGUUCACCAAUGGCCAACAGCCUCCGCUACCACCUCGGCCCUUACCACAUCCUCUUUGUAGCAUGGAUGCUGCUCGUGAGAUGAUGCCAGCCUUUUGCCCUGUGACUAUGAUUCGACGAGAUCCUGCUUCGGGCAGUCAAUGGAAUAUUGGUACUAUCAUCUUGUCACAAUCAACCUUCUCUGGUUCUAACGUACGUCCCGUCCACGUUGAGCUCACAACUCCGGGCUAUGGCCGAUUUGCUAAAGGUCAUGGUUUUGAGACACCAAGACCAGGUUCAGCCGGCUCGGAUGCAGCAUCCAUCAAACGAGCUAUAGAGUCAGCCACCAUUUCUUCCACCUCAGCCGCAAGUCCAAAAAUUCCUGGCACCACUUUCAACCGCCUCGUAGAUUUCAGGAAAAUACCUCUAUCCGACCUGAAACGAACGGUCUAUAUGCGAACGAAUUCGUCUGAGUCAGUGAGCAGGAUAGAGCCAACCAAGCCGAGUAUUGACAAGAAUGUGCUUGCCUUCGACUCACCAUGGCAGGGGAUGUGUACGUUCGUCAAUGCAAUCGAUGGCAAAUCACUUAAAAUCAAACAUACCAUUAGCAGCAAUUCCUCUACAGGAGAGGGUGCCACAGUAAACAUUGCAGAGCUCAGGUUCAACUUGGGCUGGUCCAUGUUGAGUAAUGUUAAAGACGCUCGUAUGAGGAGAAAAGAGGCAGAACCUGAUAAACUCCCUAUACCCAAGUUGAUCGAUUCGAGGAAGGAAAACCUGCGCAAAAACCUUCAGCACUUCAAGCAUAAAAGUAGGGAGAGCUUUCAGCGGAUGAGGUCAUCGGACAGUAGAGAUGAUGAGAUGCUGAAAGACAUUUCGAACAUCAAUACACCUACCACCAACAAUCUCAAUUACCACCCCAGCUCACUUUCAGCUGAUAUGAACGCUGAUCACUCAGGGGCACACUCAUCUGAUCAGCGCAGAUUCAGCAAGAUUAACGACGACGAUGAAAACCGUAUCUCAUUAAAGCUUGGUCGAGAACGAGCUGGAGGUGGAUUCCGAGGUCACAGCGCCAAGCUCGGCAAGCUAAUAAUCGAGGACGAGGGAUUGAAGAUGUGUGACCUCGUUGUCGGUGCUGCAAUGGGUAUUUGGUGGCAACAUUACGACGGCUGA